UCAAAUCUAUUAUAUUAGCCAUUGUUGCUUUCAGAGAUGGCGACAGAGCGUUCGGGGCAAUUUUUAUUUAUUUAAUUUUUUGUAUUUUGUUAAUAUUUUUUUUUAAAUUAUUAGGACAAGAAAACAUGAUAAAAAAAAUUAAAAUUGGAUAAUCAGCGUACACGAAACUUGUGAAUUUCACUCUCAUCUUUAACUUGCCGGAUUUUCCAGGCACACUUUCUCCAUCAAAUUGUAACUGGUAACUGAUGUAUAUAUAUACCUCAUGUUUAAGCUAAUAUUUCACAUCAACAAAUAUUCAUUACAUUUACCACAUUAUUAUACAUACUGUAAUAACUCACACUUAAAUCUAAGCAAGAAUGGCUUUGAUGACAUCAUCCUCGAAGUUAAUCAUGUCAGCAAUAUUUAUAGUGCUGGCAAUGUGGGCUUGUGAUCGAGCAACAGCUCGUACAACGCCCGAUGCAUCGAUGGUCAAGAUGCAUGAGAAAUGGAUGGUGCAAAAUGGACGUGUCUACAAAAACGAUGCAGAAAAGGCCUUUCGAUAUAAAAUAUUCAAGGCAAAUGUCGAGUAUAUUCAGUCGUCUAACAAUGCAGAAACUCGGCCCUACAAACUUGCCGUGAACAAAUUUGCUGAUUUGACAAACGAAGAAUUUCAAGCGUCUCGAAAUGGAUAUAAAAUGGGGUCUCGAUCGAAGUCGCCAUCAUCAAAAGUUUCGUCGUUUAGGUAUGGAAAUGUUACAGUUCCAACUAGCAUUGACUGGACUAAGAAGGGAGCCGUUACUCCCGUUAAGGAUCAGGGUCAAUGUGGAUGUUGCUGGGCAUUUUCGGCAGUAGCAGCCACGGAAGGAAUCAAUCAACUUACAACGGGGAAUCUAAUCUCGUUAUCCGAACAAGAACUAGUGGAUUGUGACACGAGCGAAGAUCAGGGGUGUAACGGUGGUCUAAUGGACAAUGCAUUCGAGUUCAUUAUCAGUAACAAUGGACUCACUACCGAGUCCAACUACCCGUACGAAGGAGUAGACGGCACAUGCAACUCCAAGAAGGAAUCUUCACACGUGGCGAAGAUUACCGGGUACGAGGAUGUUCCGGCCAAUAGCGAGUCGGCAUUGCUCAAAGCUGUGGCUAAGCAACCUAUAUCCGUAGCAAUCGACGCUAGUGGGUCCGAUUUUCAGUUCUACUCGGGUGGAGUUUUUACGGGACAGUGUGGAACUGAACUUGACCAUGGUGUAACCGCGGUUGGGUAUGGAGUAACUAGUGACGGAACAAAGUACUGGUUGGUUAAGAACUCGUGGGGAAGUAGUUGGGGUGAAAACGGAUAUAUUCGAAUGCAACGGGAUAUCGACGCUGAAGAAGGUCUAUGUGGCAUUGCCAUGCAGGCUUCUUAUCCAACUGCUUAAAAUUAUCCGAAACUUAAGACGAACGUACCAUGUGUAUA